AUGGGUAACGUUAUUUCUAUGAUUGAAUGUCCCCCGGUUUCACGGCUGGGGGGUAAUCAACCCCCACCAAGGAAUUCUACUAAAAAAGAAUUCAGAAAACAGCCAAACAUCCAGCCUUCUACGGACAGGUAAGUGGCCAGCGGCUGCAGAUAUCGUAUAAGAUGGGGUUAUUAGAAGAUGGGGGUCAGAGUUCGAUAGAGAGUAGAUUAAAGGAUGGUUUAUUAAUGGGCAUUAUUUCUAUAAAAUAACAUAGCUUUCCUGUAGAUUGAAUAAUGUCAUCUUGAAAUGAAGGAGAGUAACAUAAGGGUAAAAAUCCCUAAAAUGUGACUUUAAGUUUCAUAUUUUAGUUAUUCUUCUUAACAGAUGAGAUAUAAAAUAUCACUUGUAGUGAUUGCUAUAAAAUAAGCAGGCAAGAUAUACAGUAGUGUAAAAAACAAGUAAAAUAUAUAGGAAUUAAUAAAGGUGUUUUCAGUCCCUGAUCAGACAGCACCAUUCUGGGAUGAAAUGCAGGAUGACAUGAGUCUUUCACAGGGUUUAUAUAUGGAAUAAAUUUAUUUAACCAUUACAAUACAACCCAAAUAGUAAUGCAUAAUAUAUAAUGGCUUAUUUUAUCAUCUCCUAAACACACUUGGUUAUUCCAGAUUUAAAACAUCAAACGUGUGAAAUAUGAAACUUCACUAAUCACUUUUUCUUUUCUCAAUAGGCUACCUCUUAAAGCAGAGCCCCAGACAUUCCCCCAGAUAUCACCUAAUCUGGAUAUUUCUCCAGAAACUGAGAAGGGGAAGAGAUGGGAGCCGCGGGAACAGAAUGGUGGGUUUGUGGAAGAAGUUCUAAAAUGUUGCCAAGAAGUUACAUUUAGACGUCGCCUUCCCCCUUCUGUUACAUCUAAAUUUGCUGUGCUUGAUAAAAGGUAAAUACUGUAUGAUCACAUUAAUCAAAGGGGGGUGGGGAGUGUAUUGCUUUUGUUUUAACAAAUUGAGAUAUUAACCUCUGCGAUGGGUGCUGUAAAGCUUAGCCUGAACUUUUUGUUUUUUGUUUUUUUUCUUUAAAAGCUUUAGACAUUAUGAUACCUAUGUCAGAUAUAAAAAAGAGGAGAAGAUUCCCAAUAUACCAUACUAUAUUCGGGUGACUCCAAAAAAAUCCAAUGUAGAAAUACGAUAUGCUCGACCACCUAGGUAAGUGUUUCAUGAGACACAGAAUAACCAACCACAAUCCUAUAAGGUUUUCCAAAUAAAACUGCAUUGUCCUUAGUCAUCCAAUACCCUGGUUCUCUCACUGGCUGUCUGUGUACACAGGAAACCAAUGACAGAAAAAACACAGAUGGAGACAGAUGUCAAUGCUCUUUCUGAGCCAACAUCACAAAUCACAAAAUAGACUAUUUACUGAUAUUACUAUAUCCAGAAUGUAAUCUAUGGCACAUAAAUGAUGUGAUAGUGUCACUUUAAGCUGUUCAAUAAUGAGUGAUGGAUAACGAGUGAUAGGGUAACUGACGGACAGGAAGAAUGGAAAGGGAGGAAAGGACAUCAUUGCUACAACUGUAUUUUAAUUUUUCCUCUUUUCAUUGUAGGGACCCAUUCCUUUUCUCUAAGGUAAAGCCUACAUUACUUCCAACUAAAUACAAAACAACUAAAAAGGCUCGAAAUGUCCCAGAAAAGGAAGUCGGCAAAAAAAGACUGGAAAAUGCAGAAACAUACUGUGCAGAGUGUUAUAAACAGAAUAAUAUUCUACAGUCUGAACCUGUCACAAGUCUAGAUGAUAUUCUUUGUCAGCCUUCUACGGGCAGGUAGGUGGCCAGCGACUGCAGGUAUCAUAUUAGAUGGGGUUAUUAGAAGAUGGGGGUCAGAGUUGGAUAGACAUUAGAAGAAAGGAUGGUUGGUUAAUAGGCAUUAUUUCUAUAAAAUAAUUUAGUUUUCCUGUAGAUUUAAUACUGUAAUUGAAAUGAAUGGUUGAAAUAUAUGGGUUAAAAUCCUUAAAAUGUGAAUUUGAGUUUAAUCAAUUAGUUAUUUUUCUUAACAGAUGAGAUAAAAAUGAACAAAACAAUGAAUGUGUGAAGCCUAGCCCAUAUGUAGUAAUAGAAUUUAAGAUAAAAUACGCAGGCAUGCUAUACAGCGGUAAAAAGAAGAUAAAAUAUAUAGGAAUUAGUAACAGUGUUUGAGACCCUGAUUAGGCAGCUCCAUCCUGGGAUUAAGCGCAGGAUGAAAUUAGUCCAGACAUGUCACAAGUAUUACACAUCAAAUUGAAUUAUUUAACCAUUACAAUACGACCCAAAUAGCAAUAUAUAAUGGCUUAUUUUAUCAUCUCCUAAACACACUUGGUUAUUCCAGAAAUAUAACAUCAAACGUGUGAAAUAUGAAACUUCACUAAUCACUUUUUCUUUCCUACAUGGGUAACCUCUAAAAGCAGAGCCCCAGCUCCAGGUUUCUUUCCAUUUUUGAUGUUUUGUUUUAACAAAUAGAGAUUUUAACCUCUAAGCUGGGUGCUGUAAGAAUUAGUCUGAACUUUUUGUUUUUUGUGUUUUUCUUCAAAAGCUUUAGACAUAAUAAUAACUAUGUCAGAUCUGGAAAAGAGGAGACGAUUCCCGAUGUACCAUACUAUACUCGGGUGACUCCAAAAAAAUCAAUGACUUGUGCUCAACCACCUAGGUAAGUGUAUCAUGAGACACAGAAUAAUGGUCUUUCUGAGCCAACAUCACAAAUCACAAAUUGCAUUAGUUAACCAUUAAAAUACAACCCAAAUAGCAACGCAUAAUAUAUAAUAACUUCUAUUAUUAUCUCCUAAACACACUCGGUUACUCCAGAAAUAUAACAUCAAAUGUGCAACAUAUGAAACUUCACUAAUUACUUUUUCUUUUCUCAUUAGGCUAGCUCUUAAGGUAGAGACCCAGACAUUCCCCAAGAUAUCACCUAAUCUGGAUAUUUAUCUAGAAACUAAGAAGGGGAAGAGACGGGAGCCACGGGAACAGAAUGGUGGGUUUGUGGAAGAAGUUCUAAAAUGUUGCCAAAAAGGCACAUUUAGACGUUGCCUUCCCCCUUCUGUUAAAUCUAAGUUUGCUGUGCUUGAUAAAAGGUAAAUACUAUAUGAUCACAUUAAUCAAAGGGGGGAAGGGGAUAUUGUAGGUUUUUUUCUAUUGUUGAUGUUUUGCUCUAAUAAUCUGCUCUAAUAAUCAACCUUAACUUUUUGUUUUUUUGUGUGUUUCAUCAAAAACUUUAGACAUAAUAAUAACUAUGUCAGAUAUGGAAAAGAGGAGAAGAUUCCCGAUGUACCAUACUAUACUCGGGUGACUCCAACAAUAACCAACAAACAAAUGACAUAUGCUCGACCACCUAGGUAAGUGUAUCAUGAGACACAGAAUAACUGACCAUAAUCCUAUAAGGUUAUCCAAAUGAAACUGCAGGGUCCUCAGUAAGCCAAUACCCAGGUUAUCUCACUGGCUGUCUGUGUACACAGGAAACCAAUGAGAGAAGAACCACAGACAGAGAAAGAUGUCAAUGGUCUUUCUGAGCCAAUAUCACAAAUCACUGGGGAGUACUACAGCAACAUGACUUACUAAGCAUUACCUAAUUUCAGUAAGAUAUGAUUUUUAAUAUAAACAUAAGCUUUUAUAAUACAAAAUUAACCAUUUACUGAAAUAACAGAAAGCAAUGUAAUGUCUGAACCAUACAUGGUGUUAUAGUGUCACUGUAAGCUAUGCAGUACCUACUGAUAAAGAGUGAUAGAGUUGCUGACGGGCUGAAAGUGAGAGGAAUAUGAUACGUGACAAAAUGGGCUGAUGGAUGGAAAGGGAGGAAAGGAUUUCAUUUUUACAAUUAUUUUUUUUAACUUUUUCUAUUUUCAUUGCAGGGACCCAUUCUUUUUUUCUAAGGUAAAGCCUACAUUACUUCCAAAAAAACACAUAGCAACUAUAAAGGCUGCAAGUGUCCCAGAAAAGGAAGUAGACACAAAUGAACUGGAAAAACAAAAGAAAGAUUCUGUAGAGCAUUAUGAACAGAUUCCUAUUCUACAGCCUGAACCCAUCACAAGUCUAGAAGAUAUUCCUUGUCCUCUGCUGCAGUCUAUGUCUCUAGAGCCUACAGAGGUUAUCACACGUCUAGAAGACAACAAUUCUCUAGAAUGCACUGUUUGUACUAUUGAAACUCAUACAAACAGAUUGGCAGAGGAGAUUCCAGUACACCUUGGGCACCCACAGUCCUCUUCGAGUUGUUCACCUGAGCUUACAAAUCUAGAUUCUCAGAACCCAAUCACAGUUCAUUGUCAUUUCGUGCAGUCUAUGUCUCCAGAGCCUACAGAGGUUAUCACAUGUUUAGAAGACAACAAUUCAGAAAAGCAAGUAGACACAAAUGAACUGGAAAAAGAAAAGAAAGAUUCUCUAGAGUAUUAUGAACAGAUUCCUAUUCUACAGCCUGAACCCAUCACAAGUCUAGAAGAUAUUCCUUGUCCUCUGCUGCAGUCUAUGUCUCUAGAGCCUACAGAGGUUAUCACACGUCUAGAAGACAACAAUUCACUAGAAUGCACUGUUUGCACUAUCGAAUCUCAUACAAACAUAUUGACAGAGGAGAUUCCAGUACACCUUAGACACCCACAGUCCUCUUCAACUUGUUCACCUGAGCUUACACAUCUAGAUUCUCAGGACCCAAUCACAGUUCAGGAACCUGGUAGUCUACUAGAGAGCCCAGUUUGUCCUGCCAAACCACACACUGUUGAAAUAUUAGAGGAGACUACUUUGGAUUCCCCCACUAUUCAGCCAGAGGAGUUGCUUCUAAUCAAUCAAGAGGGCAUCGCUGAGCAGAACCAAACUGAGAUUAAGAAUAAUCAACCUGAAGCAUGUGUGAGCCUGAGCAGUGAUCCCGGAGAGCAGCCAUUGCCAAAGAAAGAAGACAAAGAAAAGGAACCACCUGGUGAGGCCGGUAUAGUACCAAUGCAAAUCACAGAAAGCCAAGACCUUGCAGUACCUGCGCUCCAAGAGAAGACAAGUAUUAAAACAAAGGUAGAAAGGAUACACUAUGACAGGGAUUCUUUACUCCAAUUCCAAUCAACCACACUGCAGCCAAAGGACUUCUUCGAAAUCUCAAAUAUCUACCAAGGUAUGCUUAUUAGACCUCACCUUCGGCCAGUGGAUUCAUCACGACUUACCAGCAAGAAUUGUACACCUCUAUCUGAAAAUGUUUCCCAUCAUGCUAAGGGUAAUCACAGACAACGACCUGGAAUGGGUCAAAUGAGAUCUCAUCGCACUCCUGGUAAAGAACCUCGCAGGAUCCUUCAACUACAUGAGAACAUUACACUGCAAAAAUCUGACAAAGCUUGGAAACCUCCAAUGAAAAGGGCAAACAAAGAUACCAACAGUGUCAAGUCUCAAGAAUUGCUUUGCAAAGUCCGUGGUAUUCUGAAUAAGAUCACUCCACAGACGUUUCAAAACCUUAUCAAACAGCUGAAGGACCUCUCUGUAGACACAGAGUAUGAGCUGAAAGGCGUUGUAGAACUCAUUUUUGAAAAAGCGAUAGCAGAGCCACAUUUUGCUGUUAUAUAUGCCAGCAUGUGCAACUGGCUAAUAAGGCUUCAGGUCCCAACAGAAGACAAUCGUGAAGUCUGCAUUACAUUCCGCAGGCAGCUAAUAAGCCUCUGCCAGAAGGAGUUUGAGGGAGGUGAAAAUGGAGUUGAAAGAAUUGAAAAAUUGCAAAAGGAACUGGUUGCAGCUAUGUUACCUGAAGAAAAGACUCGAUUAAAGGAGGAAUUAAGUGAAGCCUGCAAGAAAUCACGCAAGCGAUCCCAAGGGAACAUCAAAUUUAUUGGGGAGCUAUUUAAAUUAAAAUUACUUUCAGAAGACACCAUGAAAGACAUUCUUAGUAAACUAUUGAACAGGAACAGUGAAGAGUCCAUGGAAUGCCUCUGCCUUCUGCUAACAUCAAUUGGGAAAUACCUGGAAAAUGGACAGUCUUACAUGGAUGACUAUUUUAACAAAGUUGGUAUCUUUAUUAAAAACAAGACAAUAUCUUCACGGAUUAGAUUUUUGGUGCAGGAUGUGCUGGAUUUAAGGAAGAAUCACUGGAUACCUCGACAUAAACCCCAGGGUCCGAAAACCAUAGAUCAAAUUCACAAAGAGGCAGAACUGGAAUCCAGAGGAAAAGCGCAGUGAACCAAACAAACAAAAAACAAACACUACUCCUUCCAUGGACACCUGGGUAUACACAACAGAUGUACAGAGACAAGCCUGCAGAUUAAUUCACAUAAAUAUAUUCAAAAUCAUUCAGGCAGCGACACCAACUUUUAUGCACAAAGAAACACCUUCUCAUAUACAGACAGAGACAAAUGC